CUCCCCCGGGAACAGCCCGGAUUGCAGAAGUCAAUCCACCUGAUGACAGCAUUCAAGUGAAACAUGGCGACCCGACUCCUUCAAAGAGUGGGCAAAGGCCUAAAACAGACGAAAAAUGGGCUUCAGACAAACUGGCAGGUCACGGUUGUCGUAAGGAACCUCUCAGCUUUCCGUGAAGACAGCUGGUUCAAGUCUCUGUUUGUCAGAAAGGUCGACCCCAGAAAAGACGCUCACUCUCAUCUGCUCGCCAAGAAGGAAGACAACAAUCUGUACAAAAUACAGUUUCACAAUGUCAAGCCCGAGUGCCUUGAUGCUUACAAUGAUCUUUGUGCGGACAUCUUGCCUUCCAUUCACGCUGACCCUGAAUACCCCUGUGAGCUUGUGGGCACCUGGAACACAUGGUACGGAGAGCAGGAUCAGGCAGUUCACCUGUGGAGAUAUCGAGGAGGAUACCCGGCUCUCACCGAAGUCAUGAACAAACUCCGGCAGAAUAAGGAGUUUACGGACUACAGGAACGAGAGGGGGAAGAUGCUGCUGUCUCGUAGGAACCAGCUGCUGCUGGAGUUCAGUUUCUGGAACGAACCCGUCCCUCGUCCAGGACCCAACAUCUACGAGCUCCGAUCAUACCAACUCAGGCCAGGGACGAUGAUCGAGUGGGGAAAUUACUGGGCGCGUGCGAUUGAGUUUCGCCAGCAGAAACACGAGGCAGUGGGAGGCUUUUUCUCACAGAUCGGCAGUCUGUACACAGUUCACCACUUAUGGGCUUACAAAGACCUUCAGUCCAGAGAAAACAUCAGAAAUUCAGCCUGGCAGUGUGAAGGCUGGGAUGAAGUUGUUUAUUACACAGUCCCUCUUAUUCAGAACAUGGAAUCUAGAAUAAUGAUUCCCAUGAAGAAGUCGCCCUUGAUGUAACCACAAACACCGGGGAACCUCUCAACAGCCUGCUGUCCAACCAUCAGAGCGUGCACUGCCAGGGAAAUCUGCAUAACGUCAAUAUGUUGUUACAGUUUUUGUUUUCUUUUUCUUCUUUUGUCUCUUUGCUCCAUUUUUCAGUGUGGACCUAGACAUUCUUAUUUACUGAUCCAUUAAUGUGCUUUGUGGAGACAAAAUAUAAUGUAUAAUUACUCGUAAGCCCAGUGGCACUAGCAUUGAUAACAAAUCAAAAGAAAUUAACUGCCUCCAGUAUCUCACAACAAAAACACUGCAUCCACUGCUCAGUUUGUUAUCAAUGUGAAUUGGAAAAGCUUCUUUGAAUGUUACAGGUGAUGGUCAGUUUUACAAAGAGGAGCAUGCUGUUAACAAAUCAGUGUUCAAGAAUAGACAAUGAAGCUGAUGAGAUAGAGUCCUGUGUUGUAGGGCCACAACCUGCCUCUAGCUUUUUAUUCAGUAAAAGUUCACCAGUACACUCAUUCAAAAACUGUGACCUAAUGUUUACAUGGCUUUGAUCCAGCCAACUGAUUAUGGUGUGUACCAGUUAUUUGUUUCAAAAAUAAAUUGGCUGCAUGAAAGGAUUCAAAGCAACAGAAAUUAUGAAGACGCACAGAAAUGAAAGUUCAAAAACACACCACAGAGUGUCAGACUAGUCAGAACAGGAAGCUAGACUUUGAUCAAGAGGAUAGUCUGUUAAAGUCCACUGUAUACCUGAAGACGAUGUCCAGCUCUUUGGGUGAUGAUGUGCCGAAUCCGGCAAAGUUGGAAUUUUCCUGUUUUUUGUCUCCUCUGUUAAACUGACCACAUCUCCAUAUUCUGUUCUAACUUUAACAUCAUGACACUUCUGCCUCUUCCAGAUGUGGAGAGGGGGACAAGAUUAUUCAAAUGAUUGAUUUCUGCAGAGCUAAUCAUCUACAAAACUGUACACUGACAGGUUUUACCGAUCCCUCUAUCAAGCAAUGAAUGCCAAGUGGGUGACUGUGUGCUCUAACUGAGAUUAAUGUUUUUUUUAAAUGGUGAGAUUGUAGAUAUACAUAGUGGGUUUAUUGACCAAGCCAGAGACAUGGUCAAUCCUGUAUCUGUAAAUGAAGUGGGGUAUUCUAAACUAUCUGAUGUUGAUAAACACAGAAGAGGAGUAAUAUCAUAAUGUGGUAUAUGUGAAUUGCAGUGCUUUAAUAAGAUUAGUUGUACAUAUUUAAUUAAACUUCUGACGGAAAAAAAA